UCAAAAAAUUAAUGCAGUAUGUGUCUCUUCUACAUAGUAAAAGUGAGUUUGAGGUGUAAAACUGUGUUUGUUGAACCUAAGGACGAGGUGUAGCACACUCCUGUGUUUAUAGUUCUGCCAGACUUUGAUGCGGAGUUAAGGAGAAACAAACAACAAAACCCAAAACAAAGCAACCCCCAACAAUUUAAAAAUGCUUUCAUGGUUUCCCCAGAAUUAAUUCUAUAGUAAGAAAACCUGUUUUAAUGCAGGUUCUCUUAAAAUUGUUGUAUACCUUUUAAAAUUCCUUAUUGAUUCUUUUAGGUGGGUGUCAAGAAAGAUUGUUUGUUUAUCUCAUGUCUCCCUGUCUCCUUUCUAACCAAAGGAAACAAGUGAUAAGUUAAGCACAUUGCAGGUGGUAUAAAUCAUCCUUGUAAGCCAAGUGAUUUAGAGUGCAAGGAAAGUUUAAUUUCUUAAAAUAGGUUAUUGAAUUGAUAAAAUCUAACAGUUGUUUUAAUGAAAAUUCCUUUUUAAAUGUCAGCUGAAUGCAGGUACAGUAUACUAGGGAAUUAUUAUCUAACACUGUUUUUCUACAGUAAAAAUGAAAACGUUUUAUCUCAGUAAAUAUAUUGUACACUACAUAUGUACAUUUUUAGAGACAUAAUACACCUUGCUGCUUAGCUGUGAUUUUACUCUCCCUCCCCUCAACUCUGAUUCUAAUAACUUGAUGUUCUUUUAUUUUAGAGCAAAUAUUAGAGGACCAUUGUGCCAAGCAAGAUUAUAAUUCAAUCUCUAAGUCAAGCUAUUUUCUCUACAUAUUUAAUAUAUAUUUUCUUUCUGAAGCUGAGUAGUUCAUUUGGCAGACGUGAUGUUUUUGCAGGAAUGUGGGUCUUUUUAUAAGCACACAGCUAAAGUUUUCCAGUUGGAACUUGCUGAAUGCCAAUAAAUCUUCAUGCUUGCAGCCUGUCCAAUUGAUGUCUUUCCAAUGGAAAAUUCUAACUGUAAUUUGCAUUGUUCACAUCCCAAAAUAAAUAAUUUUAACAACAACAACAACAAAAAAUCCAUGAGAUAUGAAAGCAUUGUGUAUUUACAAAUAAGACUUUUAGUGCAACUACUAUUAUAAAAACUGCAAUGCACAGUGCUGUUCCAGAUUUAUUUUCUUCCUUUUUCAAGUUUGAUUCCUUAAUGCUAUGCAUUCAAAUUUAAUACGAUGAUGUUUAUUAGAAUGUAAAAGUACAUAUCUCAUGUCCCUGUUUCUUCAGAGGAAGAAAAAUCACCUCACAAAUUAGAGCAGUCUUUUAAAUUUGCUUAUUAUCUUAGAUUGGACUGUAUUAGUACAAACAGAAGGAGAAUUCCAUAACUUCCAUUUGUCUAGACUUAGUAAAUACGUUUGGUAUAUGAGGAUCUUUGUGAAGCAUGUAUGGAGUCCCUCUCAGUUGGGAUUCACAAAAUAAGUUUAGUAGUUUUUAACUGGGAAUGUUAUGCUUGAGACAAGAUUGUUCCCAUAGAGAAAGAAUAAUUUUGAGAUACUAAAUUAAGUGUUCUGUUUCUCCUGUGUGACCUCCUCAGGAGAGAAUCCCUUUACCUGAAAGCAGCAGGUUAAUGUUGACUGAAAGAAGAAUAAAAGAGUAGUGAAUAGCUUCAUUAGUGCUCUGCAUAGUCUUCUUUUUCUUGGGUUUUGUUUCGUGAAACACCUAAGAUGUUAAAAAACUAUCACAUCUGGUUUGAAAGAAUUAUGUUGCAUUUAUACUUUAAGCUUGUUGUAUUAUUUCUUUUAUGGGAUUCAAAUCCUGGAUGUUCUUCUUCUUUGUUUCCUGGAGAACUUGCAUACCUGCCUCUGCUCUUCAGAGCUUAUAAUUACUGUUUUGUGGCUGACAAGAGAGUUGCUUUCAAUGUCAGUGGACUAAUUUUGUUGAUGGCACACACAGAUGCCUCCAGACUCUGUGCUGUGGUGCUGAAGUGAGCUGGAUGCUGUUCUCCUGCACGAGUCUGUUAAUGAAGUGGGAGUUUUUUUGUUCUAUGGCCUCUUGUACCACAAUACGUGGAAGUGCCAUCUGCUUCUCCAUCACAACUUCCACACCAGGGCUCACUUCAGAGGGUAUAAGAUUGGCCUUUCUAUCUCUGUUUGUAUGUGUGUCUGUGUAUACAAGUACAAAUAUGCUGUGGGAGUCCAUGUGUUUGGAUAAUAGUCCCUAAUGUCAAGUUGUACUGUCUCAAGUCACCUGCUGGGCAGUCCACAAACGAGCUGAGCAGAGGCUUGAUGUGGUUUUUGGAACUUGUUGUCUCAGAUUAAAUUCAUAGUUUGCCAGUAAAGAGGUCAGGCAGUUUUACCUGUCUGACUGUGGAAGUGUCUGUCACUUGUGCAUGGUUUAGAUUUUCAUGUUCUUGAAUGGUGUAAUGGUUGUUUGUGGAAAAAUGAAGAGUAACUGUUGAGCUCACACUGAAUAGACAUGCCUAGUUCAGAGGAUCAUCACUAAAGCUGUGGUAAUCUGAACUUGUGGCCUGCUCCUACAAGGUAGUAUUCUAGAAGAGUGUUUUCUGUUUGGUGCCUUUACUGGCUUUUCAAUAGAUAACCUACUAUAUUGAAGUAGUCAUCUGAAGAUUGCUUGUAUUAAAGCAUUUAUCUGAUCCUAAAAAUAGUUUUAUUUGAUUCUUAAAUCUGUGUUUAAAACUAUGGCUAUGUUUUCAUCUUUAAAUGUGAUGCUUGUGAUGCAGCAGGACUGUCUUAUUACUGUUGUGUCUAUUAUGCAAAAAUGUCCCUUUCUCCCAUAACAGAGAAAAAACCAUUUUAACUGCAUUAAUUAAUAAACAAUUAGGAACCUGUAUACUUUGCAGAUAAAUUUUAACUUUGUAUUCUCUGUUUAAGGAACACAAAUUGCUCUGAAGAGUUUAAGAUUGUGUGAAAAAGAUGUUUCCUUUAAAAGACUCUGUGAUGGGUGCCUCCACCUUCUUUGCCUCAGCUCUGCCACAUGAUGUUUGUGGAAGUAAUGGUCUUCCUCUAACACCUAACUCCAUAAAAAUUUUGGGGAGAUUUCAAAUCCUUAAAACAAUCACUCAUCCCAGGCUUUGCCAGUACGUUGACAUUACCAGAGGUAAACAUGAGAGGCUGGUGGUGGCAGCUGAACACUGUGAAAAGAGUCUGGAAGAUUUGCUGCGUGAAAGAAAGCCUGUCAGUUCUUCAAGGAUCUUAUGCAUAGCAUAUGAGGUUUUACAAGGUUUGCAAUAUAUGAAUAAACAUGGAAUGGUCCACCGAGCACUCUCACCUUGCAACAUUCUUUUGGAUCGAAAGGGACACGUGAAGUUGGCUAAAUUUGGACUCUAUCAUAUGACAGCUCAAGGUGUUGAUGUUGAUUUUCCCAUAGGGUACCCAUCGUAUCUGGCGCCUGAAGUAAUUGCACAGGGAAUAGUCAAACCAAGUGAUCAUACUCAGUGUGAGAAGCCUCUGCCUUCCGGCCCUAAAUCAGAUCUGUGGUCUCUUGGUAUAAUAUUAUUUGAGCUUUGCAUGGGGAGAAAAUUAUUUCAGAGUUUGGAGAUAGCAGAAAGAUUGAAAUUUAUACUUAUGUUAGGCUGUGUAGAUGAUAUUGUAACUGUAUUGGCUGAAGAACACGGCUGUCUUGAUAUUAUUAAGGACCUUUCUGAAAAUGUUGUAGCUCUGCUGAAGAAAUGCCUUACGUUCCAGCCUUCUAAAAGGCCAACUCCAGAAGAACUGCUGCAUGACAGUUUGUUUGGUGAGGUAUCCUCACUAUAUCCUCCCUUCCACAAACCUGCUGGUCUGUUUUCAUCUUCUCCAAGGUGUGCUAAUUUAACGCUUCCUGAAGACAUAAGUCAAUUGUGUAAAGAUGAAGAUAAUGAUUACCUAGCAGAAAGAUCAAUUGAAGAGGUUUAUUAUCUCUGGUGUUUGGCUGGAGGAGACUUGGAGAAAGAACUUGUCAACAAGGAAAUCAUUCGGUCAAAGCCACCUGUCUGCACACUUCCCAACUUUUUAUUAGAAGAUGGUGAGAGCUUUGGGCAAGGGCGAGAUAGAAGUUCCCUCCUAGAUGACACAACUGUGACUUUGUCUCUAUGCCAGCUCCAAAAUAGACUGAAAGAUGUUGGUGGAGAAGCAUUUUAUCCAUUGCUUGAAGAUGACCAGUCAACUUUACCUCAUUCAAACAGUAGCAAUGAGCUCUCUGCAGCUGUCAGUCUUCCUCUGAUCAUCCGGGAGAGGGACACAGAGUACCAGCUUAAUAGAAUUGUCCUGUUUGACAGGCUGUUGAAGGCCUACCCGUAUAAGAAAAACCAAAUUUGGAAAGAAGCCAGGGUUGACAUCCCUCCUCUUCUGAGAGGCAUAACCUGGGCUGCCCUGUUGGGUGUUGAGGGUGCCAUACAAGCAAAAUAUGAUGCCAUUGAUAAAGACACACCGAUUCCUACAGACAGACAAAUUGAAGUUGAUAUUCCUCGUUGCCAUCAGUAUGAUGAAUUGCUGUCAUCACCAGAAGGUCAUGCAAAGUUUAGACGUGUAUUGAAGGCCUGGGUUGUUUCCCAUCCUGAUUUGGUGUACUGGCAAGGUCUUGACUCUCUUUGUGCACCAUUUCUGUACUUGAAUUUUAACAAUGAAGCUCUGGCAUAUGCUUGCAUGUCUGCUUUUAUACCGAAGUAUUUGUAUAACUUCUUUCUGAAGGAUAAUUCUCAUGUUAUUCAAGAGUACCUGACAGUGUUUUCCCAGAUGAUUGCAUUCCAUGAUCCAGAGCUGAGUAACCACCUUAAUGAAAUUGGUUUUAUUCCAGAUCUUUAUGCAAUUCCUUGGUUUCUUACCAUGUUUACACAUGUCUUUCCUUUGCACAAAAUUUUUCAUUUGUGGGAUACAUUACUGCUUGGAAAUUCCUCUUUCCCAUUCUGUAUUGGAGUUGCCAUACUUCAACAGCUGAGGGAUCGUCUUCUGGCUAAUGGAUUCAAUGAGUGCAUUCUUCUUUUCUCGGAUUUACCAGAGAUUGAUAUCGAGCGUUGUGUUCGUGAGUCGAUCAACCUGUUUCGCUGGACUCCCAAGAGUGCUACGUACAGGCAGUACGCGCAGCCUCCACGGCCGGCCAGCGACAGCAACGGCACAAGGAGUUCCAUGUCCUGCUUUUCAGCAGACUAUCAGGAAGCACCUCGAAGUGACCUAUCUAGGGAUUCCAUCAAGUUGGAUGACCUGAAGGCAGAAGUGUCACCACGAAUUUCAGCAGAAGAUCUGAUUGAUUUGUGUGAGCUGACAGGACCUAGUCAUUCCAAAACACCUAUAAAGAAAACAAAGCCUAGCAAGCCAAAGCUGCUGGUGGUGGACAUUCGUAACAGCGAAGACUUUAACCGUGGCCAUAUUUCUGGAAGCAUCAAUGUCCCAUUUGCAUCAGCAUUUACUGCAGAAGGGGAACUCAUCCAGUGCCCAGCAACUGCAACGCUCCAGAGCUUUAAAGGAAGAGUCGUGGUGAUUGUAGGAAAUGCAGUGAAGAACACAGCUGCCUUUGCAGCUCAUCUAGUGAAAAACAAGUACCCAAGGGUCUGCAUCCUAGACGGAGGAAUCAACAAGAUCAAGCCAACUGGUCUCCUCACUGUUCCUUCUCCACAAAUAUAAGUGACUGUAAACAUUCAGGACAGUCUGUCUGAAUGAGGCAGUCUUACCGUACAACAUGGAUAUCCUGAACCUAAAGGGCAUUGUGGCAUCUUCACUAUACAAGCUAUCCUGAUGAUCAGUGUCUUAUCCCACAGAUCCAGAGCACAGGAGCUUUGCAUUUAUUCUUUAAAACAGAGCUUCAGUUGGAACAGAGGAAAACUGAACUGAAGCUUCAAGCUUUCCAAGAAACCUCUGUCAACACUGAUGUAGUGCACGAGUGGUUGAGCAAGUCCAAACACAGAAAGAGUAACUCAUCUGGCAUUUGGAAUUCUGCAUUUCUGUAGAACAAUGUCAACCGGCACUUGAUGGCUCUAAGCUGCACUUAGGUUAUUUGAAAAAGUAUUUUACUGUGAGUACUGAAAGUAACAAGCUGAAACUGUACCCUCUGUUUAUCCUGUGAAAAAAUGUGUUCUAUGAUAUUUUAAAGGAGUAAUUUCUGUAUCUUGUCACCUGCUUUAUUUUUGAGAGAGCAUUUUUUCAUCUUGGUUGGAAAUAAAGAUGUGUCCCAGAUUGAAAGUCACUGUGUAAGAGCUGCUGCUGCGUCAAUCCAAAAUGUAUCAGGAGGUGGAAAAGUUCUACUCCUCUGUGUAGAAUUUACCAAUCUAUUUCCAUAAACAUAUCACAUGCAACAAUUUCUGAAAAAAAUUAUGCUUACCAGAAAGGUGGGCUUACUGUGUCUUAGGACUAUCAAUCAUUUAUUCUGCAAAUAAUAAAUAGCAUGUUCUCAUUUUAGAAGCUCAAACCUUAAAAGUUACAUUGCAAUUUUAGUUUUGUUAUGAAAACAUUCUGGAGUAAAUGUCCUUGUGUGAAUUGGAAGUACAAAAUUCUCUUUGAUAUCCUCUACUCUUUGAGCUAGUGGUGUCAGUGUUGUUAUUUUUUUUUUUUUAAGUCCUUAAACAUGAACUUUAAAACUGACAGAUUGAGGGAACAAACCUGUUUCUAAACUAAACUGGAUGCAAGUGCUGUAGAUGAGUGCAGGCAGGCUUCCACGAAGGGCAUAAGGUGACUGUGUAAUAAAGAUGUGGGAAUUACUUUACAGUGAAAAGCCAAAAGUAUUUAAAGCACUGACAGAAACAAACAGGAAUUGGCAUCUCUCUGUUGCUGAGAAGCUAAAAAUAAAUCUGAUUCAUACAAGUACCACCUUUCAGGAGGUGUGGAAAAAAAAAAACAAAA